GUUCACCAAUUCUUAAACGCCAAGGAUAUCGGCAUCAGACGCUGCGGUGCUUGAAGAGGAUCAAGUCGCUCUCGGUUAUGAUGUCUUGCCUCAAGUCGGUCGUGCAGAAGGCAUCGGGAAGGACUAUCAGCUCAAGUGUGAUCUCAUCAAUAGAUGUUUUCAAGAAGAGUGCUGUGAGCACAGUCACAGUCUUGUGAUAGAUAACCCAAGCCCAUUCCACCGUACAGGAUUGGCUUUGAUCGCUAUCAAUGGCAGCUCUUUGUUAUUACUUGGGCCUGAGUGAACAAG